CUUUCUCUCUGAGUUCUCCUGUUGUUGGGGGCUCUAUUCUUCCCCGUCCCCAUCGUCCGUCUCGGUCACCUUUCACGCACAGCAUGUGACUCUGCACUGCAGGCCGCUGUCCGGCGGGUUCCAGGCGGUCAUCCAGCUGAGUGUGACUAACUCUUCGAGAGGGCAGGCGACUUGUGCCAUGUUUUUGGAUCUCCAUGGUUUUUGGAUCCGUCUGUUUUUGGGUGUCGCGGUGUCGCCGAGUCUCUGUUGAAGAAAAGCUUCAUGAGGAGUCCGUCCCACACAGUGCGUGUCUCACGGUUGCGGAAAGCUCGGUUCUGCGCACUCGAAAGGGAACCGAAUUUCUGGAAAGCCGUUCUAUCUCCCUUCUUUUUAUCGUGCAACGAACGCUUUUCUCGUUGAGUUAUUUCCCUCUCCAUGCGCUUUCGUGCUGUUGCUCCCCUUUUCCCGUCUAGUGGGCCCGCCGCGCCGCCGCCCCCUCGUCCCUCAUCAGAGUGCCACUGUCCCUGCCCCUGUUUCUCAAUAGUAAGCGAGUGCCACGACCGUGAAGCUUUUCUUGCUGAACGGACGACAGGUGCGUCGCUCUUGGUCCCGUGUUGAAUUAUCCCAGAGGCACAACACGGAGGUUUCUAUGGAAAAGCGCCUCACGCGACGGAAAAAACGCCAUUUUUUGCCCGACUGAACUGGCCGGAGCCUGCGCCAGGAAGCGCAGUGUGUAGCCGUGGCACACAAGAGGAGCUGUGUGGUGUGUGAGGUAGACUUCAGCUGAACCUCAAAACAGUUGAAGCUGGACUCAGCUGCACAUCUGUGGGGUUAGGUGUCGAAAAAAGUUCAAGGGUUUAAGCGGAAUAUCGCGACGAAAGUCGCUGGUCCGAUGUGAAGGAACACAACGGAUCUUAAGUACGUCAUCCUCCAUUGUUCACCCUGUCGUCACCGCGCUGCCCCGGAUCUCGUAUUUCGUCUCUACCUUCUCCGUGCUCCUCUCCCCGCUUUUCUUGUUCUUUCCACCAUUGUUGCUCGCGUUCCUCUUGAUUCCACUCGAAACAACAGCAAGCCAUUUCGCGGGCAAGACGAGGAAACGACGCGCGCGUCUGCAGCCCAGCCUCUAGUGUGCCCUUUUUGUCUCCUCGCUCCAGAAGAGGUCGAAGAGCGAAUUCCAGCGGAAGCCAAACGAGCGGUCCCCAGCUGCGAAGGCCAGAUGGCCAACAUGGAGGCCAGCGCUUCGGGUGUACAUACACCCCAAUCGGGGGCAGCAGUCGACGACCGGUGGUCCGACAGUUGCGCAGCAGACGUUCGAGACGGCGCAGCUCCGCAUUUCGCCGGCGCCUCACCCGAACCGGGGACCCAAGGCGAGACAACCAGAAAGAAAAGGCUCACGGAGAUGGUCGUGAAGCCGGUCCGAGUCCGGCCCAUGCCGGCACUCCGCCGGAAUCUGCCCGAGUGGCAGUGCGCCGCUCCGGCGGCGCACAGCCACGUGGACGGCCAAGAGCCGGAAGACGCUGGCGACUCAGAGAAGGAGAGCGGGAGUUCGAGUCCGCCUUUCUGGGGAGCGUCGACUGGGCCCCGAUUCCGUGUUUCUGUGGCCGCCAGCCAGAAAUUCGUCGAUCAGAGCGACGUCGUUCCAGGCGCCUCGUGCGUCGCGGCCCGGGAGGCCACGACAACUGCUAGCGAUGCAGAGCACGAAGGAUUCAAAGGAGAAGAAACGAAAGAGCGGCAACCUCCAUCUCCCGGUUUCCUGCCCCCUGGACGAGCCGCGAGUUUCCUCCCUGCGAGUCUUCACAACAAACUUGACAAACCAGACGUAUGCCAACAGAAGGACCGCUCGGCUUCCACCCGGAGCUGCCCCUUCUUCUUCCCUUCUCGCCGCACUUCCCUCUUCUGCAUUCGCCAGACGCUUCGUCUUCUGCGCCUUAUGCGCUUCCUCUGGACAACUCUUGCCCGCCUCCUCCUGCCUCUCUCCGUCGUGGAAGUCGUGGAAGCCCAGGCGCGCAGAGCCGUCAGCGUCAUCGCCGCUCGCAAGACCCGCGACAAACACACCAAAAAGGCCUCUUGCGGUCCACACCUUCCAUCUUUGUCUUCCUCUUACACAUCUGCGUUUGCUUCCUCUCGCGCGUCUCUUGCGUCGGACUUCGACAAUGCGGCGAAGCAGGGAGAACAGCCAGGACGGACGGAAGGAAGGGAGGACAGGCUAGACGAGAGCGACGCGCCAGAUGAAGAAGGAGAAACCGAUUUUCUUUGUCUCCCCGCAGACGAAGUGCUCACCCGCGCAGCUGAGGCAUGGGAGCGCCUCUCGCCUUUGGUCAGUUUCUCGCUGCCCUCCGCUGCUGUCUCUGCGCCAAAUCAGCUUCCCAAGAGGCACUUCUUUGCUUGGCUCCCGGACUCCGUGUUCAGCGGAAAGUGGACUCUUCCGGAGAGCGACGAGUGGCGGCUGUCUCUGUUUGGAGCCGCAGAGGAGCGACGCAUGCACCGCGCCGCCUCGCCCGCUGUCUCCUGUCUCCGUGGAGGUGGCGAGCCGCCGGAAGAGACCGACACUGCAGAGGCGGGGGGCGCAGCGUACGGAGCAGGAGGAGACAGGCAGGGGGAGCCGCAGGGGAGAACCGUGCUUUCGGUCUGUUCGGUCUUGCUCUCCGCCGUCGCGGCCGUGAAGCGAAAAGCCGCGAGGACGUACGAGGCAGCGGUCUCGCGGAUUUCGCAGGACGUCGCCGAGCAGACUAAAAGGACCUUUGACAAAUUCAACAGUAUGCGCGAGGCGCUGUUGCGCUUCCUUGCUCUUCUGCGCGAACUCGAGGGCAAGACGCGGCAGGUUCUCAACGAGAGCCUCUCCGCUUCUUCGCUGUCCCGAUUCUUCUUCGAGAUGCGGUUCUAUCUUUCCCGCAAGGUGGACCCCACUCAGGUGGAGACCGAACUCGGAACGAGUUUGGAAGAGACAGAGGAAGAAGACAGAGAAGACGAAGGCGAUCUCUCGGAAGAAGAAGACCGCUCUGGCGAGAACGUCCGCCGAGAGCAGUCGAUCUUCGAGAGAAUCCGCGAGGCCUGCGACCGCGCACAGACCUGGCAUUUGGAGGCGUUUGACCUGGCCAGAACGGUUGUGUCGGAGAGCUGCACCAAGUUACGGAGCGAAGUGAAACGCGCAGUUGGAGAUGGACGAGCGUUGCUUUCUGCAAUCUGUGCGCUGAUUUGUGAACUGCUUCGUAGCCCUGUAAAGUCUUUCCAGGUCUUGGUGGCGGUGCCCCAGUCAGCAUGCUCGUGAAAGUUAAAAGAAAAGACACAAAGCUCUUCUGUCCUCCAAACCAAAGACCCCACCGUCGGUCGCCUUCCUGGAGGCAGACGGCAUGAGAGAAGGCAGAAGCUGUAUAGGUGGCGGGGCGUCGGAGGCUUCUCGUUUUUUCCUUUGUCGAGUCAGAGAGGGUAUGGACACCGCCCCAGCCCAGUGCGGAGUUCAGAUUGCACGCUUUUUAUCUUACAGAGACACGCGGAGUUGUCGCAGAAAGAGAAGCGGGAGGGGAAUCGGCACGCGAGGAAAAACCAAAUGCGCAUUUCUUGCCCGAUGCCGAAGCGCGCCUCGGCUGUCUAGGCUCUUAGAGGGAACUGAAUGGGAGUUUGUACCAUGUCUUCACAGAAAGAGUUGAACCGCCAGUCCAACUUGUGCUAUCUGCCCGCCGGAAAAGGAUUGUAAACACUCCCAGACAGUUGCUGUCUUCCGCCCCAGUAGCCUGUUCAAGCCGAAACGGGGAUCAAAUGGAGACGCUGUUCGGGAAGCUCUCGGGGGUUUGCUCUAGCUAGGAAAAAAGCCUUUGGUGGCGCUUGUACAUCGGUGUAAGUUGCGCACACAGACAUAGGACACCCCGAGGAAAACGUUUUUGUGAACGACGCUGUGCGUGUUUGGACAUCCCUUUCCGCAGGGGGGGGAGGCGUUUGAACGGACAUGCUACGAGGAAAUGGUCAUUUGAAGCCUACGUUUCUGUGGAAGUGCCUGGAAGGGCCUCGCCUUCUUUCUUGAAUUGAAAGACUCUGGAGUGUCUGCCAAUGCAGAUUUCGUGCGGUUUUCACUUCCGUCAGCACAGACACUUUGUGGCAAGUAUUUCGUUUUAUUUGUUGCUUGGUUCCACCGCGGUGUUGCGGGUG